AUGUUGAGGAAGCCGCCUCUGCUAAUGCUUAUUGUAAUCUUUCUUCUUGUUUGUGGAUUUUCACUUUCACACUCUCAUUUUCCCACUCAUCAAACAUCAGAAAGGCUGCUGCAGGUUGCUGAUGAUUUAUCUGGUGAGCAUCAAACAUUGCUUGUGUUGGCUCCAAGGAGGACUUCCCGUAAAGACCCUCUCAACGGCUUUACAACGUACACCGGAGGCUGGAACAUUAGCAACCGCCAUUAUUGGGCUUCUGUCGGCUACACAGCAGUUCCUUUUUUCGUUAUUGCCUUAAUCUGGUUCAUCUCAUGUGGUAUUUGCUUGUCUCUCAUCUGCCUCUGCUACUGCUGCUGUCGGAAGGAGCCAUAUGGUUAUUCCAGGAUUGCUUAUGCGCUCUCUCUCAUUUUCCUCCUUCUCUUUACCGUCAUUGCAAUGAUUGGAUGUGUUGUGUUGUACGUCGGGCAAGACAAAUUUCAUAGCAGUACAAGCAGCACUUUGGAAUAUGUGGUCCAUCAGGCAGAUGGCAUAUCGGACAAUCUUAGGAAUGUGUCGCAAUAUCUGUCGGAGGCCAAGCAGAUUAACAUGGUUGGUCAAGUUUCUCUGCCUCCAACUGUCCAAACAGAUAUUGAUCAGAUCCAAACCAAUGUCGACUCUGCAGCUCGUACACUAUCCGAUCAAACGCACGGCAAUUCCAAAAAAAUAAAGAACCUGAUAGAAUCAGUGAGAUUGGCUCUUAUCAUACUCUCUGCUACUAUGCUUAUUCUCACUUUUCUGGGAUUCGGUAAUGCCUAUUCUUCUUUCCUUUACACAACUUACUCUUGCUUGGUGAUUACUGGAUGGAUUCUCGUGACUGGAACAUUCAUACUCUGCGGCAUUUUUCUUCUUCUCCACAAUGUGACGGGAGACACCUGCGUAGCAAUGAAUCAGUGGGGCCAAAACCCCACAGCUCAAACAGCUCUAGACGAUAUUCUGGCGUGUGUGGAUAAAAGCACUGCUGAGGACACGUUGAACAGAAGCAAAGAAGUAACAUCCCAGUUAGUCGAUUUGAUUAAUACAGUUAUCACUAAUGUCUCCAACAUCAAUUUUGCUCCCAACUUUGUGAAUUUAUACUACAACCAAUCGGGUCCACUUCUGCCAACCCUCUGCAACCCGUUUAAUCACGACCUAACCGAGCGAGCGUGUACCCCUGGCGAGGUGGAUCUCAACAAUGCCACCCAGGUGUGGAGUGUGUAUGUGUGCCAGGCAUCAGCAAACGGCAUUUGUAUGACCACAGGACGUUUGAAUCCAAGCCUCUACGGUCAGAUGGCAGCCACUGUCAAUUUGAGCUACGGCUUGUAUCAAUACGGCCCAUUCCUUGUUGGCCUACAGGAUUGCACCUUUGUCCAGCAAACAUUCUCCGAUGUACAAGUUGAGUAUUGUCCGGGCCUACGAAAGCACAGCCAGCGAGUCUAUGAUGGGCUGCUCAUGGUUGCAAUAGCAGUUAUGCUGUCUUUAGUAUUGUGGGUCAUAUAUGGAAGAGAGAGGCUGCACCGUGCCUAUACCAAAGAGCAUCAUAAUAAAGCUAAUCAAAAAUUGCCGGAAGGUCGUGACCAGAAGAUGGAGAAAUAG